UGAUGAAAAUGAUGAUGAUGAGUCAUCACUUUUUGAAGCCCAUGCCUAAUUACGGUAAAAUGAAAAAGGUGUUUUAAGGAAAUAAGAAAAAAAAAAAAAAACACAGUGAAAGGUUAAGAGAGAAAGGUAAAGUAAGAAGUCUCUCAAGUUUCUCUUUUUGCUUUCCCUUUUGUGUGGUUCAUUCAGCUCUCAGUCUUCUUCUUCUUCUGCUAUAACGCUCUUCUCCACCACCGUAAUCGAUUUUCGAUUGUCUCCGACGAAGAGAAGCUGACACGACGACGGCUUUCAAUUUCUACUGAGGAAAAGGCUCUCUACCUUUAUGCUCGGAGAAAAUGGUUUGAUUUUCGAGGAUGAUGAAUAUUUCAGGUUGUUGUAGGAGUGUUUUUGCCAGCCUUGGUGCUGGUCAUGGCUUUUAUCUGACUACCGUUUGUGCCUUUUGAUGAAACUAAAUAAUGCCCCGGGGAGAGUUAGCUAUGGGCUCUUUAGAGACUGUUUCUUGGCUUAAGGGUUGUUUGGUUUAUCGCUUCUUGUUAUUUAUUAUCUGGUUAUCAAGCUUCCAAGAUGUAGCUGCACAUGAUAAGCUUAAUGAGCAUAGUAGCAGAUCGACAACUUCUGAAUUGGCAAAUCCACCUGGCAUUGGAGUAUCUGGUCCCAUUCAAGUAUCGCCGUCCGUAAUUCCCAAAUAUGCAUCUCCUGCUCUACCUUGGAUACCACCAAUGUACCCUACUUUUCCUGAUACAUAUGAACCCAAGUUAACUGGCAAAUGUCCUACAGACUUUCAAGCAAUUUCUAGUGUUUUCGAUACAGCAGCUUCUGAUUGUUCCCAACCGUUUGCUGCACUUGUUGGGAACGUGAUAUGUUGUCCACAGUUUGUUAGCUUACUUCAUAUUUUUCAAGGACAGCACAACGUGGAGUCAGAUAAGUUGGUUCUGCCUGAUGCAGUUGCUACAUAUUGUUUUUCAGAUAUAGUUAGUAUCCUGGUCAGUAGAAGAGCCAACAGGACAAUACCUGCACUUUGCUCUGUAAAAUCAUCAAAUCUAACUGGAGGUUCUUGUCCAGUAACAGAUGUCACAACGUUCGAGAAAGUUGUUAACAGUAGCAAAUUACUGGAUGCCUGUCGCACUGUUGAUCCUCUUAAGGAGUGUUGUAGGCCUAUUUGCCAACCUGCAAUUAUGGAAGCUGCGCUUAUUAUUUCGGGACACCAAAUGACAGUUGGUGAUAAGAUCCCUUUAGGAGGAUCAAAUAACGUCAACACAAUUAAUGACUGCAAAACUGUGGUGUUUUCAUAUCUUUCCAGGAAGCUUCCAACAGACAAAGCAAACGCCGCAUUUAGAAUUUUAUCAUCCUGCAAAGUUAACAAAGCUUGCCCGUUGGAAUUUAAGGAGCCAACGGAAGUGAUCAAGGCUUGUCGUAAUGUGGCUGCUCCAAGCCCUUCUUGCUGUAGCUCGUUGAAUGCGUACAUCUCUGGGAUACAGAACCAAAUGCUAAUAACAAACAAGCAGGCCAUAGUCUGUGCAACAGUCAUCGGUUCUAUGUUGCGGAAAGGUGGUGUUAUGACAAAUAUCUAUGAGCUUUGUGAUGUCGAUCUCAAAGAUUUCAGUGUCCAGGCAUAUGGAAUGCAACAAGGUUGUCUUCUGCGAAGCUAUCCUGCAGACUUGAUAUUUGACAACACAUCAGGCUACAGCUUUACAUGUGAUUUGACAGACAACAUUGCUGCUCCAUGGCCAUCUUCAUCGUCAAUGACUUCUUUGUCUCUCUGCGCUCCAGAGAUGUCAUUACCUGCCUUGCCAACAUCUCAGACUAUUAAAAAUCACGGGUUUCGCAAUGGUGGGGUUGGAGCGUUUCGUGUCAUUAUUUGGGUAUUCCUUGUGUAUGUUGUUGUGAGACAUUAAAAUGAGAUUUAGGAGGAGGGUUUUGUUUUUGGUAGUCAGUGAGGACUUUGGAUAAAACAAUGGUAAGCUCAAUUUUCUUCUGUAUAUGUUUCGUAAUAGGGCAAGUGUGUUAUGUAGUAGUAAUAUCUUUCUCAAAUCUCAUGUUGUAUAGUAGCAUUUUUCUCUCAAAUCUCAUGUUGUAUAGUAGCAUUUUUCUUCUCUGCUUCUGUUUCCCUCAUCCUUGUUAUGUUCUUUUUAUUUUUCACAUUUGGUUAUUCAUUUUGGCUUUGGGAAUUAAAGAUGAGAUUCUGAAUCAA